UCCGUCCCCACGUACCCAAUACCUCGACAUUUCUCAUUCGAUACUUCGCUUUAAUUUGUCUCCUCUUCGCAUCUUCUUCUUAAUUCUUAAUCUCUCGCCAAAAGUUUCGACUUUGGAGUUUGGACCUUUCGGUUUUCUUACGACUUGGGUUUUCUCAUAGCUAGAUUCCUCCUCCUCAACUGGAGCUCGUAUUCGUGGUAUCAUCUAAUUAUCCACCAUGAGAGACCCCAGCGGAGCUCAAAGCCCAGCUCCCCGCGCUAAGCUCUUGAACCUCCUACGCUACUCCCACAGCGAAGAGGACGACUCCCCACGCAACGACGCGGGCGCGGCGUCGCCCGUGGCGAGCCCGGGCUACGCCUCGGACCGCAACCCGCUCAGCGCGGGGACGUCCCCGUGUAGCCUCUCCCCGUGGAACCCAGCUGCCGCGUCCCCAUUCGCCAAGUCCCCCUGGACCCACCUCCCCGGCCUGCUGACGUCGGACGAGGAAGGGGGCCCCACCGCCGCGACGGGCCUCGUGGGCUCGCUGGUGCGCGAGGAGGGGCACGUGUACUCCCUCGCGGCCUCCGGGGAUCUGCUGUACACGGGGUCGGACAGUCGGAACAUUCGCGUGUGGAAGAACGGGCGCGAGUUCGCCGGGUUCAAGUCGAGCAGCGGCUUGGUCAAAGCCAUAGUCAUACACGGCGACAAGAUAUUCACGGGGCACCAGGACGGUAAGAUACGCGUGUGGAGAGUGUCCCCCAAGGACCCCGCCGCAUACAAGCGCGUAGGGACCCUACCCAAGAUGAAGGACUUUUUGAAGAGCUCCAUUAACCCCUCUAACUACGUGGAGGUGAGGCGCCACCGCAACGCCGUUUGGAUCCGUCACUUCGACGCCGUUUCCUGCCUCAGCCUCGACGAGGACGCGGGGCUCUUGUACUCCGGGUCGUGGGAUAAGACCGUCAAGGUGUGGCGCAUCUCGGAUUCGAGGUGCGUAGAGUCCAUCAGCGCCCACGACGACGCCGUUAACGCGGUGGCCGUUGGGGGCGAGGGGCUCGUGUUCACGGGCUCCGCGGACGGGACCGUUAAGGUGUGGAGGCGGGAGGCGGGGAAGGGGGCACGCGGCCGCGAGGUGGUGCGACACGUGGCAGUGAAGACGCUGCUGCAGGGGGAGAGUGCGGUGACGGCGUUGGCGGUGGCGCGGGAGGCGGGGCUCGUGUAUUGCGGGGCGUCGGAUGGGGCGGUGAACUACUGGGAUUGUAGGAAGGGGAUGGCGCACGGUGGGGUGCUCCGCGGGCACAAGAUGGCGGUGCUGUGCCUCGCGGCCGCGGGGCGGCUGGUCGUCAGUGGGUCCGCAGACAAAACGCUGUGCGUGUGGAGGAGGGACGAGGUGGGCCGGGCCCACGCGAGGGUCGCCGUGUUGGUGGGCCACGCGGGGCCCAUCAAGUGCGUGGCCUUGGAGGAGGACCGCGAGGGGGCUGCGGGGCCGGACGGGGAGGCGCCGCGGUGGGCGGUGUACAGCGGGAGCCUCGACCGGUCGGUCAAGGUUUGGCGCGUGUGGGAGAACGCGGGGGACGCUCCCGAGCGCGCGGCCCCGGCCCCGCGCGUGUGGCGCUUGCCGGCGCACCUGCUGGGGGAGGCGCAGGCGCAGCCGGACACGUGGCGGCCGAGCAGCGGCGCUGGGCCCCGCGGAGGAUACGGGUUGGAGGCGGGCGAGGAGGAUCUGAGGGGUACGCGAGCGCACGUGCGAGCUGCCGCUUGAGGGCACGUGCUGUCACUUAAGAUUAAGGGGAAGGGGUUAAUCUAAUCUGUAAUUAAUUAUACAUAUAUAUUAUACUCUACGUGCUGCAGCUUGAUAAAUUUUGCCUUUUGCGUGUACAGUUUUUUUUUUUUUUUUUAAGAAAAAUUAAUGUAGUUUGCUGGAUUCUGACUUCUGAGGAAGCAG